AUGCAUGCGCAUUGGAUAGCCGAGAGUCUGUGUGCGAACAUCCAGUUAUUGGAGCAUGUGGAUGCGGAUGGAGAGCAUGUCGAUGCUUGUUCACGUGACAAGUACAUGGGGGUCCGGGCGCAAGUCAAAAACAUGGCUGAUUUGCCGGCGGAAGAAUGGGAAUGCCACCAUGUUGACAUGACUGCUGCGUGGAGCGACAAUGGCAUGGGCGCUGGCUGUGCGUGGAACAAAAAGGAUCGAAAGGCAAUGGCGAAGUGUGCAUUGGCUUUGUCGGCAUCUCAGCGGCUUAGCAAAGACGAAAUGGCAACAAAGCUGCAGUGGCUGGAGCAGACAGGCGAAGCAGAAGCCGCCGCUGUUCGAACAGUCUUUGCUGCUCUUCUCGAGAAAUGGUCCGCAACGCAUGCAAAAGCAGAACGUGAUGCAGCACAUAGCGCCUGGACGCAGCCGACUUGGAAUCUUUGUGGUGCCCAAGACCCUCCAGAGUCAAUGCGACAGAGGUGCACGUCACCUGCAGAAGGAGGCCAGCAAAGGACGGCGGCAGCUUGGAGUCCCUGUCUCACACAAGAAUCUCGGGACCAAGCACAGCAGCCGACCCAGGAUGUUUGGGUGCCGACAGCUUUUGACAUUACAAACAGGCUUGACCAAGUGGAAAAGCGCCUGGCAUAUUGCCAGAAAGCAUUCCUGGCCCUGGGUGAGGUGGUGUGUGCAGAUCGGUACAUCAUGAUGCAAGCUUAUGUUGUCGAUGGGGAGUUUCGGCGAGCACCACUGGAAAUGAAGAGCGAAUUCGCUUUCCCGCAUAUGACCUUCGUGAAGCUUGAAGGUGGAGAAGCACUACAAAGAUAUGGCGAGCUCUUCUGGAAGAGCACUAUCACCAACGAAGAGAUCAACAUCACUGGCAUGUUGGCGAAACUGAACCACAGCAACAAGAGCAGUGGCCUUGCCUUCAAACUGGUUCCUGUCCACAUUCAGCGACCGUGGCAGCCGUGGUUAACCCGCUACGAAAUCACAGGCGGCGAAGGGCGUCAGGUGUUCCGACGUCUUCAAGCUGUUAUCUUGUCCCACUGCCACAAGAUGGGCGAGGGCAGUGUCCAG